AUGGGAGGCGCCACGGGUGGUCCCAAGAAGCAACUGACCGUGCAAACCGGUGCUGGAUUGACGGAACCAGUUUCCGCCUUUGACCUCCCCUCCCCUACUCCGCUCGCUGCUCCGCUCGGCGCACCAGUUUCCGCGCCUACGGCGGCGGCGCUAGAAGCAGACGGGGGAUCUGCGGAAAUUCCGCCGCACGACCCCGGCUCGCCUACUCCUUUAGCAGCGCCUCUUGCCGCUCCACGGAGCUCGUCGGGGGGUGCUUCCGCGGGUGCGCCCGCGCUGGCGGCCGAUCCUGGCUCGCCGACUCCGCUUGCUGCGCCUGUUGCGCGCACGCCCGCCACCGCUUCCGCCACUUCCGCCGCACGCCCCGCUCCAAUCUCCACAGCGGCGGCGGCGGUGACCGAAGCUUCCCCGCAUGACCCGGGGUCUCCCACUCCGCUCGCUGCGCCGGUUGCGGGGGGCGGCGGAGGAGAUGCCCCCCCGCAUGACCCGGGCUCCCCCACUCCGCUGGCUGCUCCGCUGGGGAAAUCCGCAGCAGGCGGAGGUGCUGGGGGAAGCGGCGCAUCCCCGCCGAAGGCAGCUCACUCUGCGGGGGAGGAAGGCGCGGAGGAGGGGGAAAGUAGUGACUCGGACGAAGAAUUUCUUUCACAGUACAAGCAGCUAACCAAGUCCAAGUCACGAGGCCGAAACGAGGGGGCAUUGCUAGUGGGAGGUAGCGGGAACAGCGGCAGUGGAAGCGGAGCAAGCGGGGGAGGCUGCGGGGUAGGAUCGGCAGCAGGGGGGAGUGGCGCAGGCGGAAGUGCGGGGGAAGCGAAACCCGGACCAGGGGGGUUAGGGGGAAGAAGCAGGGGCGGGCCUCCCCCUGUCCCUUCCGCGCAUGGCAGCAAAAGCGGAGGUGCUGGUGGGUCAGCAUUGGGCGCAGGAGGGAUAGGGGGGCACUCAGCGAAAGGAGGGAUAACCAGCAGUCAACCAACGCGCUCCCACUUAAUGACCUACGACGCCAUAUUCCCGUCCCGCGUUGCGGCGCAUCACCAACCCUCCGCGCGCGUAUCGCUGCAGCCGCACCACUCCCCGGGCGGAAGGAACCGCGCGCAGGCGCAAGCAUGCCGCGGGGAAGGACGCGCGGAGAUGGCGUCGUGCGGAGAGAAUAGCGCUGACGGCGCGUGGAACAAUAGACGACGCGUGGUCGUAGCUUCUAGAAAUCCCGUGAAGAUUAACGCCGCGGGGGAGGCGCUCCGGCGCUUGUUCCCCCACGAGUCGUUCGAAUUAGAGGGCUUCCCUGCCGACUCGGGCGUGUCGGACCAGCCGAUGGGCGACGCGGAGACUCUCGCGGGCGCGCGGAACCGCCUGCUGCACGUGGCGCGCAGCAGCGUGGCGGAAGGCGCGGAUUUCGUGGUUGCGAUCGAGGGGGGAGUGGAGUGGUGCCGGUUCUCCGAUCCGCCGCAGCUCAUGUGCUUCGCGUGGGCUGUCGUACUGUCCACGUCCGCGCGCGCGGAAGACGAGGCGGAAGCGGACGGCGCGGUGGUGGGCGGAAGCGGGGAGGGCGGGGGCGCGGCUCCCGGGGCGGGGAACGGGAGACAGCAGCAGGGGAGGGGAGUGGGGGAAGCGGCAGGGGGCGGGGGCGGGGAAGGGGUGGCAGGGAGGAGAGGAGGCGCGGCGCUUGGGGGAGUGAACGGGGGGAGAGGCGGCGGGAAAAGUUUAGGGGGAAGCGGAGGGAACGCGCUUUCGGGGGAGACGAGAGCGCGGACGGCCGCGUUCAUGCUUCCGCCACCACUGGCGGAACUGGUGCAAGGGGGCAUGGAGCUGGGGGAAGCAACAGACGAGGUGUUUUGUCAAGAGGGCAGCAAAUCCCGAGGCGGCACAGUGGGAUAUCUGACCAAUGGGGAGAUUACACGUCAGACGUACUACGAGCAUGCUAUCACCCUAGCACUCAUCCCAUUUGUCCACCCGUCGCUGUAUAAAAGCCCGUCGCACCCAGUGCUGCCGCCAAAUUACAUGCAAUAA